AUGUCGACUAUUGCAUUGAAGCCAUUGAGAGUAGCAAGAACCUCCAAGCAGUUCAAGAACGGGUCCCGCUUCUUGGCCGCUGGGUUGGUGGGUUCCUCCGCCUUGGCUGCCUACUUCUACAACAAGAACAACAACAACUCAAAUGGGUCUAACGGAUCCAAGGCAUUGGGCUUGAUGGCAGGCUCUGCCAUCGUCAACCACGCUGCCGUGCCAGAAGGCAAGGGCUUCCAGGACUACCAGCAGGUCUACAAUGACAUUGCUGAAAAGGUUGCCGACAACCUCGAAUUCGACCAGAACUCGGGUUUCUACGGUAUGUUGUGCAGAUUGGCAUGGCACUCGUCCGGAACCUACAAGAAGUCCGACAACACCGGAGGCUCGUACCCUGGUACCAUGAUGUACUCCACCGAAGCAUUUGAUGGCGCCAACAAGGGGUUGGAAGUCGGACGUGACUUCCUCAUGGAGUUCAAGGACAAGUACCCCUGGAUCUCCAGAGGUGACUUGUGGACCUUGGGUGGUGUUGUGGCCGUUCAGGAGUCUGGUGGUCCAAAGAUCCCAUGGAGACCAGGACGUAAGGACAGCAACGACAAGAAGGUUGUUCCAGAAAACGGUCGUUUGCCCGACGCCUCCCAGGAAGAUCCUCAAUACGUCAGAGGUGUGUUCAGCCGCAUGGGUUUCAACGACAGAGAAACCGUCGCUUUGAUCGGUGCCCACUGUCUCGGUAGAUGCCACUCCCACAACUCUGGGUUUGACGGUCCAUGGGGCCCAUCCUUCAACAUGUUCACCAACGACUUCUACGUCAGAUUGUUGCAAGGCUGGCACAUCAGAGACUGGAACGGUAACAGACAAUACGAAGAUGACGAGACCAAGUCUUUCAUGAUGUUGCCUGCUGACAUGGCCUUGAAGCACGGUUCCUACUUCGUCAAGUACGUCAAGGAAUAUGCUGAAGACCAAGACUUGUUCUUCAAGGACUUCUCCAAGGCUUACAGCACUUUGUUGGAGUUAGGUAUCACCUUCCCUAAGAACUCCAAGCCUUUCGAAUUCAAGACCCUUGACGAACAGGACGACGAGUAA